AUGGCCCCCGUUCAACUCGCCGCCCCUCUCGCUACUACCCUCAAAGAUCAUCAAUCCCCCAACUUGAAAACUGCUCUCCGUCUCCUCGAAGCUUCGUACUUCAUACUCUGUGGCACGGAUAAUUUCACCUGGACUCCACUCCCGGAUGAGUCUCUGAGCGCCCUGGGAUGGAGCCAGUGUAACAAGUCCAAAUUUAUCGACACAUUCCAGAAUGUUAUCUGGAAAUGGACGAAAAAUGCCGAGUAUAUUAUCACAGAGGUGGUAGAAAACGAGAGUGAUGUGAUUCUCUAUGUAAACUUAGGGCACCAGUCUGUCUCGCUCGCGGGCAAGUCGCUCGCUUCCUCGCAUGUGUUCAGGCUCCGCUUCGACGCUGAUGGGAAAAUCGUGGAAGAAAAGGACUUCUUGGACAGCAACUAUGUACAUGAAUUUUGGUUGUCGGGGCCCGGAGCCAAAUCGGCCGGUCCUGCUGAAGGAAACCCCCGGUCUAAGCUAGAGGAUGCAUCACUACGCGCCAUGGAUUGUAACGACUCUGGGUUGAGUAUUUUCAGGGACGUUCAGUCUAGAGACAUGGGAAGGAGAGGCAAAAAUACCAGCACUUGGGAUGGCGCAGAGUUAUCACAGGUUGAAACUUGGGGCGUCUUGCGCCCAGCACUAGGACACCCCCAAAGCCAGAUUGAGUCAAUCAAGGCGCUAAUGAAUUGUUCCGGAGUAAAGCUCACGACGGGUCUGUGCCGGGGCCCCAUGCAGAUCCAUGCAGAUAAAGUGGUAUGUAUUUACCAAACCUGGCUAGGACGACGUCCAGAAAUGAGAUGGCCAUUGUAUGGCCAGACCCAGCAGGCCUGA